AUGAGUAACAUGAAUGGAAAAAUAAUCGAUAAUUCAUUCAAAUUACGUUCUAAACACUCUUCUCUCGAUACGCUAAUAUCAUCUCCGAAACAAUCUCGAAAAUUCUACCGUAUUAGUAAAGAAACACUGCAGAAAUAUCAUUCAAAACACAAGGAUGCACAUCUUCAUCAAAAUGAAACGUCAAUAUCAAUCGCAGAAGUCUCAACUACAGAAGCGUUAUCUACUGAACAGAAAAGUACCACAACACAUUCAAAUCAAACACCGUUCGAUGCAUUAUUAGAUAAUUCAGAAUUGAGUCAUAUCGAUGAUAGCGAAGAGUUGACAAACACUUUUCUAUCAUCAAUCAAUCAGUUCGAUUCAUCGUGUAAUUCAGAUACGAUACGAAGACAUGAAUCUAACGAUUGUUCAUUAAAUUCACAACCAAACUGUCGUGUUCGUAUUCGAUCAAUCAUGCAGCACAUGUUAAGCGAUGAUUCCGAUGGGUUUUCGCUUACUUAG